AUGGCGGCGGUGGUGGAGCUUCCCGUGAGCGCCACACUAACCCUAGAUCGGAAGGGAGUGUCGGUGGGGAUUGUGGUAGCAAUUAACCUCGUUUCCAUUGAGUGGAUCGAGAUGGAGUGUAUGUUAGCGAAAGAUCAGGUGAAAAAGGAAAUAAUGAUAAGGAUUACAGAAUUAGAUAAGAAGAGGAGAGUUGACAUGCUUGUUCUACUAGGUUUAUGUAGACAAGCUGACUUCAACGCAGGAAAGCCAAAAUCAUCGUUGGAUGUUGCGGCAAACCUUUCGAAUCGUCCGUCAACAACAAGAAAGGGCGACACACUCACUGUAAGCAAUAACGAUGAGAGGUUGCUCAGUUCUUCACGCGAUGUCAAGCUAGCUACUGCUCGUGAUCUAACAGAAGAGGUUGUUGCCAAGUUGCACAACGAGAUUGAGAAGUGCUCGACUGGAGAGGUCUUGGUGCAUGAGAAGAACACAAAAACAUAUAUCAUAAAAAGCGUCAAUCCUUUAGUUGAUGAUGUUGAAGCAGUGCUUGGGUGUCAACAGGUUGAUCAUCUUGUAUCUUGUAAUGUCACAGAUUCAACAUUAUCAUCUAUCCAGAGUACUUGUGUUGUGGCUUCAGGCAAUUCACCUAAAGUUCCAGCCAACACAUGUAUUGGGCAACAAAAUGUAAAUGUUGGCACAUCUGACAUACAUAGAAACAACAAAGCAGACGACAUGCAUCAGAAACGUGAAGCUCGAACUGGGGGAGAUAACCAUUGUAUUGAAAGCAGUAGCAAAGGCACUCUAGAACCGAUAAAAACUCAUGGAACUGAUGGCAAAGAAGCUGACAUAGUGGGAACCCCAAAGGCCAAGAAUGUGUCACAUGAUAGUAGCUCGGAUGUUGAUGCUAAAAAUGAAGUUAACAGUGACGAGGUGCCACUAUCCAAAAUACAUAAGUUGAACCCAAAAAGCAAAUAUACCUCAUUUACACUUCAUGAAAACAUGAAUUAUAAUCUCUCACUAAAUAUCCAUAUACAUAUAUAUGAAGUUCACUAA